AUAGUUUUAGAUACUACUAGUGCUUUUAGCUGUUGUCUUUAAAUAUGUAUUAUAGUGAUCACAUUUCAACUCACUCAAAUUAUUAGUUCUCUCCAUUCAAUCUCUUAGCCAUGGCUUCCACAUACUACUCUCAAGCUAAGCUCAAAACAUGUUUUUUCUUCAAGGUUGGAGUAUUAUUUAUUUUGUUGCAAACUAGUUAUGUAAGCUCAAAGGCAUCAUCUCUGCCUUUCAACAUCUUGGAGACUAAUUAUUAUAUUAAUGGACUAAGGAAUCCAACAAGAGUUGUCAAUACUCCUCGAAAAGUUGUAGGCGGCGAGAAGUUUCCUGUGGCUCCUUUAUCGCUCGAACAUGCCUUGAGGCCUCCCACGAAUCUAUACACAAGUUCUGCACCUCAUACAGCAACCAUUCUCUCGGUUAAGAAGAUUACUGGCGAAAAUGCCUCAACAGAAACUUACCAUAUCGUAUUUGAUCAUGGUCGGUUUCUUCCUCACUGGGAAGGACAAGUUUUUGGUGUAAUGCCCGCGCCAGAAAAUCCUUUCACAGUAGGAAACUCAUCACAACUUAGAUACUUUACUAGUGCUUCUUCUAGAUAUGGAGAUAUGUUUAAUGGUAGAACGGCAAGCUUAUGUGUAAGUCUUUCGGUUGGUAGCACUAGUGAAGUUUUGAUCAAAUCAAAGCCCGGAGAUAAAAUUCAACUCACAGGUCCUUCUGGGGAGGCAAUGCUUCUCGGGAAUUUUAACCCAAAAGCAACUCACAUAUUUGUGGCUACUGGGACGGGUAUAGCUCCAUUCAGAGCCCAUCUACGUCGUUUUUUCAAAGAAGAAAUCCCAACAUACAAAUUCUCAGGAUUCGCGUGGCUUUUCCACGGGGUGUCAAAUGCUGAUAGCGUACUCUAUGAAGACGAAUUCGACCGAUAUCUAAAGGAUUACCCCGAAAACUUUAGAUAUGACAUAGCAUUGACUAGUGGCGAAAAAUAUGUUCAAGACAUAGUUGUAGAGUAUGCUAGUGAAGUGUUGGAGUUGUUGCUUAAGGGAGCCUACAUAUAUUUGAGUGGUAAUAAAAAAAUGGUGACACCAAUUGAGAGUGGUUUGAAUAUUACUGCAAAUAAUAAUGGAAAAAAUUGGGAUGAAAUAUUAGAAACAUUGAAGAGCAACAACCAAUGGCGUGUGGAAGUCUAUUGAUGAAUUAUUAAGUUGUAUGGGACUUUAAAAAGCAUGUCAUAUGGACAUGUCUUCUCUCUCUUUUAAUAAAUAAAUAAAUAAAAUAUAAUUAAGUC